AGUCUUGGCCACGGCGGUUAGCAAGGAGUUCAGUGACCUCGGACCGGUCGUGACAAUCCCCCAGCAGAGGAGCAACAAGGACUCCAAGCCUUCAGGUGCAUAUGGACGGGGUCGAGGAAGAGGUCGAGGUUACAACCAGCCAUUCAGAGAUGGACAGUUUGGAGGACGAGGAGGAAGAGGAAGAGGGGUGGGGCCUUUUGAAAGUCAUGCUGGGAAGAGGGGAGGUCAGAGCUCCAGCGGACGCCUUACGCAAGAACAAUAUGACGGGCGGAGGAGGAUGGAGGAGCAGACCACAGGGCCAAACAUCUCUUUGAUUCAAGGAAACAUUGAGGACCAAACUACUGAUGUCAUCGUCAACACCAUCUCAGAAAACUUGGACCUAACUCGUGGAGCCGUGUCCAAAGCCAUCUUGCAGGCAGCCGGCCACAACCUGCAGGUCGCCAUCCGCCCCAAACCAGGAGUGUCUUCUGUGCCGUUUGGGACGGUUCUCAUCACAGACGGCUUCAGACUCAGCUGUCGGAGAGUGUUUCACGCCGUCUGCCCUUGUUGGGACAACGGGCAUGGCCAGGCAGAGAAGGAGUUUGUUUCCAUCAUCAGCUUCUGUCUGGAAGAAGCAGAGAAGCUUCAGAUGGCGUCGCUGACCUUUCCCGCCAUUGGGACGGGAAACCUAGGCUUCCCGAGAGCUUUGGUCGCCAGUAUCCUGCGGAGGGAGAUCGAGUCUUUUGGACGCAGGAGUCGGCCCCACUUUCUGAGGAAUGUGGUCAUAGUUGUGCACCCCAGCGACAGAAGCAGCGUGCAGUGUUUCACUCAGGAGUUUUCUAUUCCGAUGGAUUCAGGAAACAUCCAGCAGGAACUUGCAGCUGCAGCUCAGCCGCUCGGACAGUCAGAGGAGUUCUUUGCAUCAGGAAGAGCACUGGAACCAAAAUUGGAAUCAGGGCUAGAUUAUGGAUUUGGAUUAGGAUCUGAAUCAGGAUCAGGAUCUGGAUCUGGAUCAGGAUCCGGUUCAUCAUCCUUCAGUGCGGUCUCCUCCCCCUCCCUCGGCGUGUACCGCAUGCAGCUGGGCCAGCUCACAUUGGAGGUGUCCUCAGGCGACAUCACCAAGGAGUCCUGUGAUGUCAUCGUCAACGCUUCCAAUUCGACCUUUGACCUCAACACAGGAGUUUCUGGAGCGAUCUUAAGCAGUGCUGGAGCCGUUGUUGAGAUGGAGUGUACACAGAUCGGUGUGUAUCUGCACCCAAACAUGUUCACGUUCAUGCAUCUUCCCAUGGCUGACUGCUGCUCCU